CAGGAAGUGUCCACCCAUCAAAACAACCGGGCAAGCGAUUCGAGGCUGGAGCGCCGGGUGUGAGAUGAGGACCGGGAAAAUGUCUGCUAUAUGAAGGAAUGUCGCAAAAGAAGAAAACUUUCGAUGUGAAACUUGAAGUGAUGUGUGAAGAAAUCAGAUUUAUGAUCCCUUCAGCAUGUAGUCAAAGAAGUCCCAACUGACCGGACAUGACUUACAUAUAAAAGAAAGGAGCAACCUAUGCCAACUUUUUGUCACGAUGGACCAACCUCUGCUGCAGAGAGAUUUGGGCCAACGCUCAAGUGGCUCCUGCAGGAUGCUAAAGACAUGGCUGCCCAUACUCGCCUGGUUACCCAAAUACAACCUUAAGUGGCUUCAGAUGGACGUCCUCGCAGGCGUCACUGUUGGGCUGACAGCUGUGCCACAGGCCUUGGCUUAUGCCCAAAUAGCAGGCCUUCCUGUUGAGUACGGGCUCUACUCCGCCUUCAUGGGGGGCUUCAUCUACACCUUCCUUGGGACAUCCAAGGACGUGACGCUGGGGCCCACAGCUAUCAUGUCCCUCCUCUGUUUCUCGGUGGUGGGGGGCGAGCCUCACCGAGCUGUGCUACUCAGCCUCCUUUGUGGACUCAUCCAGGCUGGAAUGGCAUUGCUGAGAUUAGGCUUCCUCCUGGACUUCAUCUCCUUCCCUGUCAUAAAAGGCUUCACGUGUGCUGCGGCAAUAACCAUUGGCUUUGGCCAGGUGAAGAAUAUUCUGGGCCUCCAGGAUAUUCCCCACGAGUUCUUCCUGCAGGUUUACUACACCUUCUACCAGAUCCCAGAGGCUCGCAUUGGCGACGUGGUCCUGGGUCUGCUCUGUCUUGCCGUGCUGAUCAUGUUGAUGUUGAUGAAGACACGUCUGGGCUGUGAUGAUGCUCCCCGGUACUCCAAGAUCGCCAGGACAUUUGUAUGGGCUGUUGCUACAAUGCGUAACGCGCUGGUAGUCUUGGCUGCAUCUUUGUGUGCAUUUUCAUGGGAAGCUUUUGGUCAUCACGUCUUCUCAAUCACUGGCAAAACAGCCCAGGGGCUCCCACCGUUCAAGCCCCCACCCACCUCAGACACGACUGCCAAUGGGACGGUGGUAUCGUUUGGAGAGGUUGUAGAGGGCUUUGGAGGGGGGCUGGCUGUCAUUCCUCUCAUGGGGCUGCUGGAGAGCAUCGCUAUCGCAAAAGCAUUCGCCGGGCAGAACAACUACCGGAUCGAUGCCAACCAGGAACUGUUGGCAAUUGGCGUGACCAAUGUCAUGGGCUCCUUUGUGUCAGCCUACCCUGUCACCGGCAGCUUUGGAAGGACUGCAGUGAAUUCUCAGACUGGGGUCUGUAGUCCAGCUGGAGGAAUUGUCACCAGUGUGGUCGUGUUGCUUUCCUUGGCCUUCCUCAUGCCGGCCUUCUACUACAUCCCAAAAGCUGCCCUGGCUGCUGUUAUCAUCUGCGCUGUGGCUCCCAUGGUGGACCACCAUGUUGUGGCUGACAUGUGGCGAGUACACAAGCUGGACCUUCUUCCCUUCGUGGUGACGUUCCUGAUGAGUUUCUGGCAGGUACAGUAUGGAAUCAUGGGAGGCGUAGCUGUGUCCGGAGUCCUCCUGUUGUAUAGCACGGCCAGACCCCAGAUGAAGAUGUCCGAUAAAGGUGUGCCGCUCAUCACACUGGCCAGUGGGCUCAGCUUUCCUGCUGCGGAACAUCUUAGCCAUGUAAUACACACCAAGGCUCUGCAGGUGUCACCUGCGCGUUCGGUCGUAUUGGACUGCCAUCACGUCAGCAUCAUCGACUACACGGUCAUUCAUGAGCUGAGCGACCUGCUGAGACACUUCAAACUUCAAGAUGUGGAUCUGAUCUUUUGCAGAUUGCAGCCCUCCAUCCUGGAUGUUCUUCUUGCUGCACAUCUGGAGGGCCUCAGGUUUGCAGACAGUGUGGAGGCUGCACUGCAAAUGGCAUCGGGAAAUCUCAGUACAACACUAUCCAAUUAAAGGCAGAAAAGUACAAAGAUGGCGUCUCCUUUCCUUCCUAUAAAAACAUCAAGACAGCUUUGGAGGGGACGGCAUAGUGAAUACGCACAAGACAAUCCAAGCUGGGCAAAGUAACAUACGAGAGUGUGUUUGGACUGAACCAAGUGGGAACACCCAAUGUGCUACACAACCUCUGAGCAAGGCACCGAUGAAGACCAAAGAUCUUAUCCCGUGUUGUUUAUAAUGCUACAGUAAAGUCUCGUUAUAUCGAUAUCGGUUAUAUCGAUAGUACUGCUUAUUACGAUACUAUUUUCAUUUCCCGGCAAAUUUCUAGUAUUUUAUGAUAUAAUUAAUUCCGGUUAGUACGAUAAUCCGGUUACUACAAUGCCCUUUUCAUCUCCCGCCAGCCAAUUUGGUCUGCUUAUAUCGAUACAAAAGCAGCUUAAAGCUGAAUCAAUAUUUGCUUAAGGAUUUCAAUACCACCAUUAACGAAAUCUGUAAACGGCGUAUUGUUUGAUUUUCGGCUAACACCGUUUCGGCUUUUGCCACUGACGGAUGGUAAUUAGAGGAUUACAGGUAAUUAAUAUGAGGUAAGUAUUAAACAAUCUUUUGAAGUAAAGACGUAAAUAUUUGUAUAAUUUAGAGGGAAGAUUCAGUGAAUAGACUUAGUGUUUUCAGAUGUGUUCAAUAUUCUUGGCACUAGCUUUACUGAUAAAUUAUGAAAGUAAACUUACGGUAUUGCUUGAUCAAAGAAGCAAUCUCUUGUUGUUUGAAAUAAAUCAAUACACUUGUAUCUUAAAGAUUAAUAUGAUAAGUAAAUCUACAAUACUAGUAAACAUCAAAAGGGAUGAAAGCAGGUAUAAAUUGGAGUUGUGAAGCUCGUGAAGCGUUUUAGAGAUAAGAUCCGCACGAACAAUUGAAUUAUUGAUACAGGAAAUGUAGAAAUGUUAAACAAUAUUGAAUCUUUUGUGUUAAAAGGUGAAAAGGGGAAGCAGAAGAAGAUGGAAGAUUUUUUUUAAAGUAUUGCAGAAUAAGUAAUGUAAACGUUGCAGUUUUUGUUUUCCAUACAUGUAUUUAAUUGUGCUGUAUACAGAUAUCUUUUUAUCGCUUGCAAUAAUCACUGUUUUUCAUAUGUACAUGCUGGCGUUCGUGGUUUCUCUCGUGUGUAUAGAACAAUGUCGAGUGUAUUAUUGAAUAUUUACUCAGAGUCACUAUUGCAAGAGUGCGUUAUGAAAAUAAUAAAUGUUGAAAAAAAAUGUGACCCAUCUAACUUUAACCGAAUUGUGUUAUGUAUAUGAAUGCAAUCAUUUUUUGCAACAAUAUUUAUGGUUUUGUCUGCUGAAGCGUGAGGAUUUUGCAUUGGUUGAAUUUUAGAAAAGAAAUAGUCAUUAAAAAAGUGUAAAGACGUUUUUAUUUAAUGCAUAAGUUUAUUUUUCACUUCACUACAGUACAAAAGCAUGCUAGAUACGCAAUCCAUGAACUCAAGGAGAAAAUUACAUGCCAUAUCAAAGAUCCCC